AGCUGCUACUGCUCAAGACUGGGAGUGCUAAAGCUGUCACUGAAGCUCCUCUAGCCUUGCUUUGCAAUGUUUUGCGCUUGCUGUGGCUCCGCUGAUGAAGAGGGCACUUUCGCAGAAGUUGAUGCCCACAGUUCUAUGGGGACCCUGCAAGAAUCUCCAGGAAAAUCGACAGUCCCAGCAGAGGUGAAGGAGGUGAAGGAGGUGAAGGAAGUGAAGGAAGUGAAGGUGGUGAAGGAUCCGCCGAAGGUGCCAACUCCCAUCACCGAAGGUGAGUUCGAGGUGGAGAUAGUUCCAUCCGCAAUUCAGCCGGGGAGGACAGAUGGGAGUCUCGGCCUUGAUUAUGACUUCAUUGACAGCAAAGGCCUGACCAUCACCAAGAUCUCUGAUGGAUUGGUGAAGGAAUACAACGUCAAGUUUCCUGAGCGAGCCCUGCAGCCCUUCGAUCGCAUCAGCUCUGUGAACGGGGAGACAGGCUCUUUGGAUGAUCUCUCCGACUUGCUGCUCAAAGCAAAGGAUUCGUUGAAAUUGAAGCUCACUCGACCGAAGGAGCGUUCUGUGAACAUCCCCAAGAAGUCGGAUCCAUUGGGGGCACAGAUGGACUUUAAGGAUUCAUCUGCUGGGCUUGUGCUGACCAAGCUCAUGGAUGGAGGCCUGCUCUCGAGGUGGAAUGCUGAACAUCCAGAAGACUCCGUUUUGCCGGGUGACCGUGUGGUGAAAGUGAAUGGCGAGCCGCUGCUCGGUCUCCCGAUGGUCGAGAAGAUCAAGAAGGUGUGUUUUUGAGCAUGCUGCGGUUUCCGCCUUCCAGGCUUUUCUUGUACAGCUUCCCGCUAAGGGACCACUUCGCAGCGCUUUCCCGGAUUCACUGGCCGAUUUGUGUUGAUGCAGAUCAUGUUGCUCCCAUACAGCACCCUCUUACAGGCUGUUUCCGCACUUAGGUUCGUGCACGUCCAGUUCCUCUUCCCUUUUCGUUCGCUCACUUCGUUCGUAGAUUGCCG